UGAAUACGAACUAAUAAAAUGCAAACAAUGAAUUAAUUUGAUGACUUUCGGAUUACCAAUAAUGAAAAAUAAGAAAGUUAAUUCGAAUCUAAAUCUGAACCAUCUGUCGAGGAAUCGAGGUUUGGAUAUAUAACUACUGGAGCUAUAGAAGGUUAAAUAUGAUAUUCUUUUUCCUUUUUAGGACGUGACUAACGCAAAUUUUCCAAACGUCAGUCAAAGACGGAUCUUUAAAAACGCCAUUAAUAUUUUCCAAAUCACAUUUGUUAAGAUGAAGUGGAUUUUACAAACCCUCACAGCUAUCGUGAUAGUCCGAACGUUAGAAUGUUACCCUUUACAACAAUCCAAUCCACGACAACCUAAAAAUCUAGGCUACUUAGAUUACCUACAACCAGAUGUAGACUACAACAACUUAGACAUAGAACCAGACAGCUAUAUGUCAUUAGCCCUAGAGAAUAACCCGUUGAGUAGAACCGUACCUUCAAGAAAACAGCAAGAAUUUAAUUCGCCUAUUUACUACAUCCGCAUCCCACCACAACCUUACAUGUUCGUCCAAGGUUUAGGUUACGUAUCGCAACCAGUAGCACCACCUGUAUCUCAAUUCCUUAAUCUACCAGUGUCGUUUGUAUCCAAUGGAAAACCUAAUUCGAUCUACCAAUGGUCCGGUGCCUUCCAAGGCUUCGAUAAUCCUACUCAGGCGCCCACCUACUCGGAAUACGUAAAACCCAAGCCUCAAAAACCUAUGAAGAAGCCUUUGAAAGAUUCGACUAUUCAUAAACUACCGGGUUCGUUUGGUUUCAAUGGCAAACCUGAAGAUAUUUUCGUUCUUAGAGACUCUUACAACUCGUUAUAUAGUGAUGUUUUGCAAAACGUGUACCCUUGAAGACUAAGAAAAUUUUGAAUCGGAUUUUUUUUUUGAAAAUCGCGUAGAUUUAUUGUUUAGGAUAUAAAACUAAAGCCUUAAUAUGUAAUAGUGAGAGGACGAAAUUGUUUUUAUAUACGAGUACGUUGAUAAGUGAAAUCCUCAUUGUUAAAAAUGUAUAUUUACUCUAAAAGAAACCUAGAAGAAAUUAUAAUUUAUAAUAUUUAAAAAAUUAGGAAUACACUGUUCUAAAAUCCGAUAAAAUAAUGGUUGUUAUAAUAAAUUUGUGAUGUAGGUACCUUAAUUUUAUUAAAGAAUGUUCUGUAGAAUAUUUUCAUAAAAUCGAAUGGUGUCUAAUUUUACGUUUGAAGAAAUAUACUAUUUAUUGUUUAGCGUUACUUUAUAUGAUUUGUGUCUUUCUGUAGAGCAGAAAUAUAUAAAAAAUUGUUUUAUUGAAAUUUAAUAUCGGUUAACCUCAAAAUUAAUAAAUUAUUUAGUAGGUACCGUUAAUUUAUGAGCAAAAAACUGGUUUAUUGCCAUCAAAUUAUUCUUUAAAUCGAUUAUUUGAAUGAAAUCAAAUAUGACAACUAAAUUCAUUAUGUUUUUUUUAUUUAAUAUUAGCAGAUGUUAAUAACUGACUAUUUUCACCAAAAAAUAUGCAGACGGUAUUAAAUUAUGGAUGAUUGGCACGCAUUUUUCCGUUAUACAGUCCGUUCAUACAGUAUGGAAACGCCCCAUUAUUGUCUUAGGAGUUAAUUAUUUAAUUUUAGUUUUCUACUGUUUUUUUUUAAUAAAUGUUUCCCCCACUACCUUUCAAGAUAUGACGUCAUCAAUAAAUUUUUUAUAUUGACCGGUUAUAUUUUUAUAUAAAAAUCUCCCUUAGGGGGGUUUUUACUCUGGGGAUAUUUUUCAUAAUUUCGUAGAGGGAGUUAGGGAUUAUUCAUUUUCAUAUUUCCAAAAUUAAAAAACUUUUAUUUUCAUUAGCGAAAAAUCUUCUGAAAUAAUUACAAUUUUGGUCAUGAUCUGCUCUGUAAGAAGAACA